GGCGGGGUGGUCCCACCCCCGAGGGCGGAGCCGGGUCUGGUCAACAAGAUGGCGGCGGGCCUGAGGGCGGUGAGGCGUUGGGGGCUGGUGGUAGCGGCAGUACCAGCACCACCACCACCCAGCCUUGCUUUUACUCGUUCUGCAUUUGUUGUGAAAAAAAUGAAUAAUGCCCAGCCAAACUGGCUGAGAGUUGGCUUGGCGUUUAGCACCAGUGCUGCCUUGUGGGCUUUUCUUAUCAAGCAGCAUAAUGAAGAUGUAAUGGAAUACGAAAGAAGAAACAAGAGAGGACAUAAGUGUACAGGAUGUUCAUAGCUGAUGACACAGUCACAAAGAGAUGUGCACUACAGAGCAAAGUGUAUGUGAUUGUUGUCCUACAAAUAAAUGAGCACAGAAGAAGUAAAAAGUUGCCUAAUUAUUUGUAUGUUCAUACAUUUCAUGUGCAUAAUUAAAAAUAAAUUAUAAAGUCUAGAGGAAACCUGAGACUA